ACUACUACUACUUUCUCUGUUUCAUAUCAUCUAAAGAAACAGAUAACCCUGUUCUGUUUCAAUUCAACUAUAAUCUUCAGAGAAAAUCUUCCAAAAAUGAAAACCCCAAAUACCAAUUUCUUCAUCUUCAUCAUCCUCGCCCUUCAUUUCUCAGGUCUCGUUUUUUCCCAAGACUCCUGCAACUCCAAGCUCAACCUCAAAAGUCGUUUACCGUUUGAUGCAACUUCCCUCAGCUGCCUCCCCGUUUGGGAUGCUGAAGGUUUCGUCUUAAGAUACGAGCGGAGCGCGGCGAAUGGGAGCAUAUGGAGCUUCGUUCUUUCGGCACCGGAUCCGAACUCGUUCGUGGCCAUGGGGUUUUCGACCACCGGCAGAAUGGUGGGUUCGAGCGCGAUCGUUGGGUGGGUUGACUCGGCCGGAACCGCGAUGAUAAAACGGUAUUAUCUGGGCGGAACCUCGCCGGCUCUGGUGGUCCCAGACCAAGGGAACGUGACUGUGGUGGAGGGCUCAUCGGCGGUGGUGUUGGAAUCGUCGCGGUUGUAUCUGGCUUUUCAAUUGGAUAUGGGUCAGCCUUCGUCUCGCCUGAUUUACUCCGUCGGACCCAACGGAUUUCUUCCCGUCGGACCCAAUUACCGCUUGACGGAGCACCGGAACAAGGUCUCCACCUCCAUUAAUUAUUCCACUGGUCAAACAGCUUCAGAGAAGGCACCACAUCUAAAGCUAAGAAGAAGCCAUGGAAUAGUGAACAUGGUUGGGUGGGGAAUCUUGAUGGUGAUCGGAUCCAUGAUUGCUCGCUAUGGUAGGAAAUGGGAUCCCGCUUGGUUCUAUGCCCACGCCUCUUGUCAAGUUUCGGCUUUUACUUUGGGAGUUAUUGGUGUCAUUUGUGGUUUCCUCUUGGAAAGUCGUCUCGAUAGUGAUGUCUCCACUCACAAAGGUCUUGGCAUUUUCAUUUUGGUCCUAGGCUGCCUCCAGGUGAUGGCCAUUUUGGCUCGGCCAGAUAAAGCAUCUAAGGUUCGAAAAUAUUGGAAUUGGUACCAUUACAUCGUUGGAAGGGUUUUGAUUAUUUUUGCCAUAUCAAAUGUUUUCUAUGGAAUUCAUUUGGGUGGUGAAGGAAAGGGUUGGACUGCUGCCUAUGCAGUUGUUCUUAGUGUCUUGUUUCUUUCUUCUGCUGUUUUUGAGUAUAAGUUGUUGACUAGUCAAAAUUAAAUAGCUCUUUCUUUCUUUCUUUCUUAGGAGAUUAUUACAUUCUACUCUUGUCUUGUCUUCCCAUUAAUUAUUGAUUAUUUUUGAACCUCUCUAUCUGUACCUUGAACUUAAAUAAUAAUGUUUGAUAUAUAUAAAUAUAUUAUUCUCUUUUUGACAAAAA